AUGGCAGAUUAUUUGGGCCAUCCGGUGAUCGAGGCAAAGCCAGCAACGACGUCUCUCGUCCUUCUUGUUGUUUUCUGCUGUGUCUUCGUGUAUUUCAGCUACCGCAGGCUCUUGCCAAAGCCCAUCCCAGGCAUUCCGUACAAUGAGUCCGCCACACGCUCAAUCCUUGGUGAUGUGCCUGAAAUGAUGUCGUACAUCAGUCGGACACAAGAGGUUUGGCCGUGGCUUGCCGACCAAACCACGAAACACCAGUCACCGAUAGUCCAAGUCUGGGGCCGCCCCUUCUCCAAACCUUGGGUUGUGAUAAGCGACCAUCGAGAAGCACAGGACAUCCUUCUUCGCCGCACCAAGGAGUUUGAUCGUGCCGACUUCACGGCCGAUGUUUUCACUGGCCUAGUGCCGGAUAUGCACAUCAGCUUCAAGUCUUCUGAGGACCGUUUCAAGACGCACCGCAACCUCCUGAAGGACUUGAUGACUCCAGUAUUCCUUCAUGAAGUUGCUGCCCGGCAGAUCUACACCAACAAUGAGGCAUUUGUGCGGCUCUGGGACUUCAAGGCUCGCGUUGCGCAGGGACAUGCAUUUCGUGCUGACGAGGAUAUCUACAAUGUCGCGCUCGAUGUCAUCUUUGCUACAACGUUCGGACUCAACACCCAGGAUAGCAACAUUGUUGCACAAUUGAAGCAGCUCUCGUCGAUACCAGUUUCAAUACCACAGUCUCCAGACAAGCCUAUCGACUUCCCGCACUUCAGCCGCCCAGCUGUAUUUGAGGCUAUCUCUGUUCUUACGGAAUCUCUGGAGAUAUCAGUCAAGGCUCCUGUUCCCAGGUUCGCCCACUGGGUCUUACGCCAAAUGCCCUACAUGCGAAAGGCUCGCGCAGAUAAAGAGAAACAUUUCACCGACAAGAUCAACGAGUCAAUCAAGAGGGUGGCUUCUGGUAAGCAGGCGAAAAGCUCAGCUCUGGACGACAUCCUGCUCCGUGAGGAGGCUGCUGCAAAGAAGGCGGGACGUCAGCCUGUUUACAAUUCAAGGGCUAUCUACGAUGAGCUUUUCGGCUUCAUUAUCGGAGGUCAUGACACAACCAGCACAACCCUGACCUGGACAGUCAAACACAUUGCUUUCGCGCAGGAAGCACAAUCGACUCUCCGUUCCCGCCUUCGCGCCGCCUACACGGCCGCAACGGCAGAACGACGCAACCCGACCGUAGACGAGAUCAUCAAGAUCCCCAUCCCAUACCUUGACGCCUUCAUCGAGGAAAUGAACCGUACGGCACAACUCUUCAGCGCAGCCGUCCGCUCCGCCACCGUCGACACCACGGUUCUAGGCUACAACAUCCCCAAAGGCACGGAAGUCUUCCUCAUGCAAAACGGGCCAGGCUACCUCUCGCCACCGCUCCCACUCGACGACUCCAAGCGCAGCAAGUCCAGCCUGGAAGCCAAGAAUCAGGUCGGCCAGUGGACACCUGACGAAGCCAACAUGAAGGCCUUUCGCCCCGAGCGCUGGCUCGUGCGGAACGAAAACGGCGCGGAAGGGUUCGACGCCCACGCCGGCCCGCAUCUGGCGUUUGGCCUCGGGCCCAGGGGCUGCUUCGGUCGCAGGCUGGCCUAUGUGCAGAUGCGCAUCAUCAUCGUCAUGAUGAUCUGGAACUUUGAGCUGAAGGAGACACCGGAAUGCGUGAGCAGUUUUGCGGCGCUGAGUAAGCUGGCGAGACACCCCAAGAUGUGCUAUGUCCGGCUGGAGAGAGCGAAGGUGUAG